AUGGAGGCUUCGGCAAUAUCAUUCAUUGAUUUGCUGCGAAACAUUUUCCGAGUCAUGCGCCGCAAGGAAUCAGCAUUGGAUUACGAUAUUUUGCUGCGAAAGAUUUUCGAGAGCACUCCACAUGUUGAUGAAUUCAUCAAUCCUGGAAUUGCGACUACAGGCUCUGAGAAACUCUUUGAAACGAGUAUGACUCAGAAGAUUAUAUCCGCAAUAAUUGAGGCGCGCAACACAACUCCUCAAUUGUCGGUGAUUCCAAUUGUCGGCGUCUGUGGAAGCGGGAAGACAGCACUUGCUCGACUGGUUUACAACGACGACGCAGUGAUGAAGGAACAUUUCAAACUGCGUGCAUGGGUUAAAGUGGAGGGACAAGAAUUGAGGCUGCAUCAAGUUGCUCAAGGAAUACUAAAAUCCUUAUUGGAUAUCUCGUGUUCCAUUGAUGACAUGGAUGAAUUGGAUGAAAUCGUCAGAGAAACUUUACAAUCUGAGAGAUGCUUGAUUGUGUUUGACGGUGUCGAAUCCAUGUCUGACGAUUCGUGGCUCCACAUGGUUAAACGCUGGUUUGACUUUGCGGAUUUGGGAUCUGUGGUCUUGAUCACAUCCUGUCGCAAACAAGUUACAAAUCUUGUCUGGAAUCACAGACCGUUCGAGUUGUCACAAUUGUCCGAGGAUGCUGCUUUGUCUCUGUAUAGACAUCUUGCGUAUAGUUUCUCGGAAGAGGAUGUAACAACUCCAUUGAUGGCUAAAAAUGUUGCAGCCUUGUGUGGGGGUGAUUCGUUAUCUUUAAGACUUUUCGGUAGCUGUAUGAGAAAUCACUCCAUCCUUCGGGAACUAAUUUCUACCGUGGAUUUCUCGGUUGUUAUGCUGCUGCCGGCUCCUGAUGCAUCGGCUGUUAUUUUGAUGUGCGUUUGGGCUCUUCCUCAACAGUUAAGGCAAUGCCUUGCCUUGUGCUCCGUUUUUCCUAAAGGUUAUGCACUCAACAAACAAAAGGUCAUUAGGAUGUUGAUUGCACAUCUGGAUUGUUGUAACCAGUUGAGUGAUUUCGAUGAUUCUUGCGUUGACCAGUUGAUCUCGAUGUCAUUCUUCACCGAUGUGACAUACGAUGAAUACGGUGAGAUUGAAGAGUUUCAGAUGCCUGACUUGAUCCGUAAAAUAGCAGAGGAUGUUGCUAGGGUUGUCUUGAAAUUGAAGCUAGGUGUGAUUGGCUCCAUUGGUGAAGAUGCUGAAGCACUCUCGUUUACAGGAGAGUAUAACCCGCAACAACUUCAAACAAUGAUCUUAUCACCUAGCAUAUUUUUGGGAGGCGAUCUAGAUCAUUGGCUAGCUGAAUUCUUGAAUUUGCACUCACUUGAUUUGAGUUGCAGUGGCAUUCGGAUGUUGUCAGAAGAUAUAUGCGAGUUAGAAGAGCUCAGGUACAUUAAUCUCUCCAAUACGCUGAUUGAAAUGUUACCAGAUUCCAUCACUCGUCUUUCAGAGUUACGAACCCUGGAUCUAUCAUGGUGUUCUCAUCUCAAAGCUUUACCUGCGGGACUGCGUUAUCUGACGCAAAUGACACAUUUAGAUUUGUACCGGUGUGAGUCUCUGUCGCAUUUGCCGUCUGGAAUUGGCUUCCUUGAAAAUCUCACUUCAAUGCCACUGCUUGUUUUGGGUAACAAGGAUCAUUAUUGUGCUAGCUUAGGAGAUCUUCGAGGGUUAAACAAGCUCAGGGGCAGAUUAGAGAUCAGAAAUCUCAAGAAUGUAAGGCUAAUUAGCGACGCCGCGAAUGCGGAGCUGCGUCAUAAAAAUCUCGUCCACUUGGGAUUGUCCUGGACUAGUAGUAGUAGUAGUAGUAGUCGAAGUAAGGCCGAUGAGUAUGAUUGCUUUAAAGUACUAGAGUGGUUGGAGCCGAAUGAGAGACUCAGAGUUCUUGAAUUAACAGGCUACAUGGGUACCCGAUUUCCUCUGUGGAUCUCGUUCAUGCACAAUCUAACUAAGAUUUCCAUUUCCGACUGUGGGUUUAAGGAACUUCCGGCGGCACUAGGCAAGCUGCGUAGCCUCGAGGAGCUGCAGCUGAGACAGAUGAGGUUUAUCGAGCGCAUCGUUGCAGAGUUUUACGGUGAUUGUGAUGUAUUUCCAUCACUGAAACAACUCGGUCUUCAUGAUCUGCCGAGGCUCUUCAAAUGGUCAAACGAUGUAAAGCUUCCCGUUUCGUCCCACUUAUUUCCUAGGCUCGAAACCCUAACGGUCGAAGGUUGUCCUCGGCUCGAACGUUUGCCUUCCAUCCCAAAUACCCUACGCCACUUGACAGUUUGCAACAGCAGUAGUAAGAUCCUUAACCCCUUGACUAGGUUUGACUUUCGUUCUUCUGUUCUUAUCAAAGAUAUGGAACUAGGGAUGCCUUUGAAGCAUUUAACUUCGUUGUAUUGGGUCCAAAAACUCAUUCUAUUCAACAUCAAGAAUGAAAUUACUAUUGAUAAUAGUGUAGCUCGCCUCGAGAAAUUCCCUUUCCUAAAACAUUUGGGUAUCCUACACUGCCACCAGCUAAAAAGUAUUAAUCUUGUUAUUUCUUCAUCCCUUGGGAAGCUACAUAUUUCAGACUGUCCGAUUCUGACACACAUUUCUCUCGAACGUUUGAGUUUCCCUCCCAGACUCGGUGAGUUGGUUGUUGAGGAUUGUCCUCAGGCAACGGAAGUCAAUGAGCUCAGCAGUUGCCGUUCCCUCAGGAAGUUGAUCAUUCAAAGUUGCAGUGAAUUUGAAAUCGGUUAUGAACUGGUGGAUCUAGCAAUGCUCGAGUAUUUGUUUAUUAGUGGAAGUCCAAAGAUCGAAAAACUGUUGCAGAUGGACACUUCACUAAUAUCUCAUAUCCCAUGCGUCAUACUUGGAAACCGAAAAAUCGUAACUCUCACAGAUAGUACUUUUUCCGACUCGAAAUGA